AAGAGGACCCUAUCACAAUUGAAUGCGUACGACAGUGAAAGUGAAAGUAAAAAAAGAAAGUAAAAAAAGUUAACUUGUUCCAGAAACGAGUAGCACCGGCGAAUUGGAGAAAAAGCCUGUUUACUACAAAGAAUGUGAUUUUGGGAAGAUUCGGAUGAACAAGAGGCAGAUAAUGUUGCACAAAACACCAUUCCCUCACGCAUACCAACAGUGGGUAUUCACAACGGCAGAAUUUAUCCUUAGGCCUGCAUUGUGGAGCCUUAGUGAGAUUUUGUCAGUCUUCAUUCCGACGACCAGAGAGCAGGCUAAUACGGCGAAGCAUUACGCUAAAAACCUUCCACUUGUACCCCUCUAUGUUAGCAUCUUCACCUGCUUCAUGGUCCCCGCUUUGGUAGCUUUUGUGUUGCGGUGUAUCCUACAUUUGUUCAGGAAUUCUUACAUACUCUCCGUAAACGAGUAUAAUGGGUAUGCCAAUAAUGCGGCUUUGCAGAAAAGGUCAUUUAAUGUCUCGACUUUGAAUAUUUGCUUGAUGCCCGAGUUUCUGUCUCGGUUUAAUAAUCUGUCGCAUACAUCGCAAAGAGCACAACAAGUGGGGCAAAGAAUAGUUGCAGAUCAAAUUCAUACACAGAGUGCAGGUUCUUCUAAUGUGACAAAACAGAUUGGUGAUAUUCAGACAAACUUUCCGGAAACAGAUUUUCUGUGUAUACAAGAAGCUUGGGAUAGAGACCACAGCAAGAGACUCAUCCAGAAUCUUCAUAAAGUUUAUCCCUGGAUACUGUAUGAUGUCGGAGAUGCUAGUCUAUUUAACAAUUAUUUUAUUUUCAAUAGUGGACUAAUGUUUGUUAGCAAAUUUGAAAUCAUCCAUGCAUGCUUUAAAACUUACAGUCAUUCCUGCAAACAGUGCUUAUUUUCUGGGAAGGGACUUCUGAUGGUCAAGGUAUUACUUGAGAAGUCUAAUGGGGAGAAUAGGGUUGGCUACAUCUACAACACACACUUACAAGCUUACCAAGGUGAGACACCUAUUAUACAGAAACAGCUGGAUGAAGUGCUUCUGUGGACACAGGAAUUCCGGGCGAUAACCAGUGCUCCAGGUGAUAUUGUGAACUUUGACAUCCUGUGUGGGGACUUCAACUUUGAUAACAUGUCCCCAGGUGACAGAUGUCUGUCAGAUCACAGAUUGUUUUCUGUGUACAUAGAUCCGGCUCGCAAAUCUACAGGCCGGGACCAGGACUGGACAGUUGGAACUGAAAUGAGACAGUCUUGCUUUUGGGAGGAUGCGAUUUCAUCCCCAGAAAAACUGAAGUGUGCUCUAGAAAACCCAGCCAUGAGACGAAGGUACAUUUUGGACGCUGACGUGAAAGUGGCCACACUCUCCAGUCUUGUGUAUAAUGCUCAUCCUAAAACAGGGGAAAUUGAUAUGGAAAGUGAUGGAAAACGGAGAAUAGACUAUGUUCUAUUUAACAAGGAUGUAGACAUUAUGAUCAGUCAGUAUAGUUUUGUGACGAGACUUGCUGAACUAACAGACCACAUUCCAGUCACGGCAACAUUCAACACUUUAUGACAAUUGAACAACAGCCCAACUAUUUCUAAAGUCACAUGCACUCGUUAAUUUCUUAGUAAGCAUAUCAUUUUUCUCAACUAUAUGGAUCCAGAUUACAUUUAUUCAUUGUCACUGUAUUAUCCUACUGAGCAAAAUGUCAAAGGUCAACAAUUGCAGUAACAGGUUAUAUGAUACAAAUUUCUUCAGUAUUGUCAAAGUGACAUUGUAGCUACAUGUAUGUACAUGUGUACCUCAAUGAGAUACCAGUGUCAAAUACAGUUUUAAAAGAGUAAGAAUUUAACAAGCAGCAAUACUGUACACCCCCACCCCCCCCCCCCCCCUCUCCCAUGGGUUAACAUUCUGAUUUUGGGGAAUUGUUUGGCAGAAUGUUCACAAUCAUAAAUAGCUAGACUAUAGUACUUGUCUAGAAUGAAUCAUGCUCCAGAUUCAUCUCUUAUGUGCGAAAAAUUGAAAUUGUGUUUUUGGACUUCUAUUAACAGAGAUUACAUUAAUUUUUUUUUUAUCUCUGUUCCAUGGAAAAGUAAGAAAAAAAUUGUAUUAUUGUUUUGUUUUGAUAUGAUGUACACAUGGUUGAUGUUGAGAAUUCAUUGAGGAGAAGUUUUACUAAUGCCUGAAUUCAUACAUAUCUUAGAUUGUUUGAUAAAAAUUAUCUGUGAUAUUAAAUUGUUAAUUUACAAGAAAUUUAGAAA